GAGAGCCGAGCCGGGCAGCGCGGAACCUGCAGCCCAGAAGAUACCGCUAUAGACCGGGAGUGAGGCGCGGACGGCCGGCGCAGGCGCGUUCCCGUCGGGCUCUGCGGCUGCGCAGAACGCUCUCCAGAGUUCUGCUUGGAACCUUGGCGCGCUGCUCCCAGAGCCGACGGACCGCCGGGAGGAGGGCGCCGGGGCGGAGCCGCCGGGAGGAUGCGUCCGUUGUCCGGGGUGAUGGAGAAUAAGAUGGCGGCGAGCGGGGAUUCGGCGGGCUGCCGACCCAAUAGCACCGAAGCCAAUUCCAAAUGGCUGGAUGCCCAUUAUGACCCCAUGGCCAACAUCCACACCUUCUCCGCAUGCCUCGCACUUGCGGAUCUCCACGGGGAUGGCGAGUACAAGCUGGUGGUGGGGGACCUGGGUGCGAAUGGUCGGCACCCGCGCCUCAAGGUGCUCAAGGGACCAUCGGUGCUGACCGAGAGCCCCCUGCCCACCCUGCCGUCCGCCGCCGCUGCUUUUCUCAUGGAGCCCCACGAGCCUCGGACCCCAGCACUGGCGCUGGCCUCUGGGCCCUGUGUAUACGUCUACAAGAACCUUCGCCCUUACUUCAAAUUCAGCUUGCCUCCCCUGCCUCCCAACCCCCUGGAGCAGGACCUCUGGAACCAAGCCAAGGAGCGUAGUUAUUGGGGGGCUUGGCAGGGGUUCGGAUGUGCCUCCCGAAGGUCUCGUGGGGACUCCAGCUGGCCUUGGCCCAGUUCUGGGGGAGACAGUAGGAAAGAGGAGAAAGCGUUCACAUCUUGGGGAAAGCAAGGGCUUUGGAGCAAACAGGACCGGAUUGACCCUUUGACCCUAAAGGAGAUGCUGGAGGGGAUCAGGGAGAAGGCCGAGGUGCCCCUGUCGGUGCAGUCCCUCAGGUUCCUGCAUCUGGAGCUGGGAGAAAUGGAGGCUUUUGUUGCUCAGCACAAGAAUCAGCCCAUCAAGAGACAGACAGUCAUCACGGCCAUGACCAUCCUGAAGAAGAAUCUGGCCGACGAGGAUGCCGUGUCCUGCCUGGUGCUGGGGACCGAGAACCGCGAGCUCCUGGUGCUGGACCCCGAGGCCUUCACCGUCCUUACCAAGAUGAGCCUGCCCAGCGUGCCCGUCUUCCUGGAGGUGUCGGGCCAGUUUGAUGUGGAGUUCUGGCUCACGGCCGCUUGCCGCGACGGCAACAUCUACAUCCUGCGCAGGGACUCCAAGCGGCCCAGGUACUGCAUCGAGCUGAGCUCCCAGCCCGUGGGGCUGGUCCGCAUCCACAAGACGCUGGUGGUGGGCAGCACCCAGGACAUGCUGCACAGCUUCACCCACAAGGGAAAGAAGCUGUGGACGGUGCCCAUGCCGGCACCCAUCCUGACCAUGAGCCUCCUGGAGCAGCGCUCGCGGGGCCUGCAGGCCGUCAUGGCCGGCCUGGCCAACGGGGAGAUGCGCAUUUACCGAGACAAGGCCCUGCUCAACAUCAUCCGGACCCCGGACGCGGUGACCAGCAUCUGCUUCGGCCGCUACGGGCGAGAGGACAACACCCUCAUCAUGACGACUCGAGGCGGCGGCCUGGUCAUCAAGAUCCUGAAGCGAACGGCAGUAUUUGGAGAAGGGGCUGGAGAGGCAGGGCCCCCCCCAGCCCAAGCUCUCCGGCUCAAUGUGCCCCGAAAGACCAGACUCUAUGUGGACCAGACCUUGCGGGAGCGGGAGGCCGGCACCGCCAUGCACCGAGCCUUCCAGAUGGACCUCUACCUGCUGCGGCUGCGGGCCGCUCGGGCCUACGUGCAGGCCCUGGAGUCCAGCCUGAACCCCGUGUCUGCCACCCUCCGGGAGCCCCUCAAGCUGCAUGCCGUGGUUCAGGGCCUGGGGCCCACUUUCAGGCUGACCCUUCACCUCCAGAACACGUCUGCCGUCCGCCCGGCCAUCGGCCUGCUGGUCUCCUUCCUGUACAAUGAGUCCCUCUAUGCUCUGCCCCGGGCCUUCUUCAAGGUUCCCAUGUUGGUGCCAGGCCUCAGCUACCCCAUGGAGACCUUUGUGGAGUGUCUCAGUGACAAGGGCAUCUCGGACAUCAUCAAGGUGCUGGUUCUGCGUGAGGGCCAGAGCGCGCCCCUGCUGAGCGCCCACAUCAACAUGCCUGUGAGCGAGGGGCUGGUGGCCGCCUGAGCCCGGCGCUGGCCAGGAAUGAGCAGCAGCCAGGCAGGGCCUCCAUGUGGAGGCCGCCAUGGAGGCCAGCCCCGAGAGGGGCUUUGGAGGCACCGGCUGAUGGCCCGAGGAUCCCGCCUCCAAGCAGCUGGCACUUCUGCCUUCCCUUCCCCCUCAGGCCUGCCAUUGGCUGUCAUUAAAGGGGUGAGGAGC